AUCGUCGGCGCCGCGUCGUCCACGGCUGUGCUCCUGCCCCGUCCGGCCCGCCUCCGCCUCUCGUCGCCGUCGCCGCCGGCAUCUUGCGGACACUCAUAAGCCCUCGCCGCCGCCCCGGGCCCGUCCUCUCUCCCCACAUCGACCUCGCAAGUCUCCCUGCUCUCCCCUCUCUCCCACCCGCGCUCCCUUGCGCGCGCUCUUCUCUCCACGCGCGAGCACCCCUCCGCGCUCACCACUACCACCCCUGCGAGUUCACUCGAGCCGCACGCGCGCACGCAGCGCCCACCACCACACCCCAUGUCGGCGCUUCCUGAGCGAUCCGAGACGAUGACGCAGGCAACGACCGUCGACGGGCGCGGCAGCUCGCCGGAGCGCACGCCGUCGAACGAGAAGCCCUCGCCGUCCAGCGGCGGCGGCAACGCCGACGGCGACCCGAGCAAGGCGCCGCAGGGCCCCAUCGAGAAGGAGGAUGCGCUCGAGCGCGCCUACCAGUUCCCCUCUGCCGCCGUCGUCGAGGCGCUCGGCAGCGACGAGACGCAGGGCCUCAGCGACGCCGAGGCCAAGCGCCGCCCCGAGGAGUACGGCCCCAACCAGCUCGAGGGCGGCGACGAGAUCAGCAAGAUCCAGAUUCUCAUCCACCAGGUCGCAAACGCCAUGACGCUCGUGCUCAUCCUCGCCAUGGCCGUCGCCUUCGGCAUCCAGUCGUGGAUCGAGGGCGGUGUGCUUGCCGGUGUCGUGGCCAUCAACGUGCUUGUGGGCUACUUCCAGGAGCUCAGCGCCGAGAAGACGAUGAACGCCCUCCGCUCGCUCGCCUCGCCCACUGCGCGCGUCAUCCGCGACGGUCACUCUAGCCUGAUUCCCGCCGGCGAGCUUGUGCCCGGCGACGUCAUCGAGCUCAACGUCGGCGACACGAUCCCCGCCGACGUGCGUCUCGUCGAGGCCAUGAACUUCGAGUCUGACGAGGCCCUCCUGACCGGCGAGUCGAUGCCCGUGGCCAAGGACGCCUCGCUGGCCUUCGGCCGCGCCGACGGCGGCGAGGUCGACGUGGGCGUCGGAGACCGCAUCAACAUGGCCUAUUCGUCCGCCAACGUGACCAAGGGCCGCGCGACGGGUGUCGUCGUGGGCACGGGCAUGAAGACGCAGAUCGGCCUUAUUGCUGAGGCGCUGCGUGGCGCCGACCGCGCGCAGAAGGUGCGCGACGUCAAGCGCAACGCGCACGGCAAGGCCGGCCCGCACCGCUACGUGCAGGCGGGCGCGCUCACCGCCUGGGACAAGAUCGCCCGCUUCCUCGGCCUUACCAAGGGCACGCCGCUGCAGCGCAAGCUCUCGCUGCUCGCCGUGGCGCUCUUCUUCAUCGCCGUCAUCUUUGCCAUCAUCGUGUUCCUGGGAAACCUUGACGCCAACGCCUCGCCGUGGUCGUCGCAGGAGGUCGCUAUCUACGCCGUCGCCACGGGCACUUCCAUGAUUCCCGCCUCUCUUACCGCCGUCCUGACGAUCACGAUGAGCAUGGGCUCGCGCGCCAUGGUGAAGCGCCACGUCAUCGUGCGCAAGCUCGAGUCGCUCGAGGCCCUCGGCGGUGUGACGGACAUUUGCUCGGACAAGACCGGCACGCUGACGCAGGGCAAGAUGGUCGUGCGCAAGGCCUGGGUGCCCGCCACGGGCGUGUACACGGUCAGCGCCACGAACGAGCCCUUCAACCCGACCCUCGGCGAGAUCACGCGCGGCAAGGCCGAGCCCCGCUCGCUCCCGAAGGGCAAGGACGGCCGCCCGAUCGAGGACGAGGACGACAACGACGAGACGGUGACCGACGGCCAGGCCGGCCCGUCGAAGAUUCGCGACAACAAGCACUUUGUCAACUUCCUCAACGUCUCGACGCUCUGCAACCUGGCCAAGGUCUUCCGCGAGAAGGAGUCGGGCGAGUGGACCGCGCACGGCGACCCGACGGAGUGUGCCAUCCAGACCUGGGCCUGCCGCUUCGGCUGGGCGCGCUCGAACCUGACGCACAUUGGCAACAAGGCCGCCGACGAGGACGCCGAGGUGCCCGACGACAAGGAGAAGGAGCUCGAGAAGGCCAAGGGCGACGCGCCGUGGCGCCAGAUUGCCGAGUACCCGUUCGACAGCAGCAUCAAGCGCAUGGCCGUCACCUACCACCACAACGAGACGAACAGCGACUGGGCCAUGAUGAAGGGCGCCACCGAGCGCGUCAUUGAGAUGUGCCGCGUCUCGCAGCACGCCGACUCGCAGGAGGAGAUGACCGAGGAGUACAAGGAGCGCAUCAUGGACAACGCCGAGGCGCUCGCCUCGACCGGCCUGCGCGUGCUGGCCCUCGCUCAGCGCGAGCUCUCCUCGUCCGAGGCCAGCCAGGGCACCGAGCUCAAGCGCGAGGACGUCGAGAAGGACAUGAUCUUCCUCGGCCUCGUCGGCAUCUACGACCCGCCGCGCCCCGAGACCGCCGGUGCGGUUCAGAUGUGCAAGACUGCUGGCAUCAAGGUUCACAUGGCCACUGGCGACCACAUCUCGACUGCCCGCGCCAUUGCUGUCGAUGUCGGCAUCGUGCCGCGCCACACCGCCCACCUGUCGAAGCGCGAGGCCGACGCUCUCGUCAUGACGGCGUCGCAAUUCGACAAGAUGAGCGAGGAGGAGAUCGACGACCUGCCGCAGCUGCCGCUCGUGAUCGCCCGCUGCUCGCCGCAGACCAAGGUCCGUCUCAUCGAAGCCCUCCACCGUCGCGGCCUCUACGCCGCCAUGACCGGCGACGGAGUCAACGACUCGCCAUCGCUCAAGCAGGCCGACGUCGGCAUUGCCAUGGGCCAGGCCGGCUCGGACGUCGCCAAGGACGCCUCGGACAUUGUGCUCACCGACGACAACUUCGCCAGCAUUCCCAACGCGAUCGAGGAGGGCCGCCGCAUGGCCGACAACAUCAAGCGCUUCGUGCUGCACCUGCUCGCGCAGAACAUCGCGCAGGCCUGCGUGCUGCUCAUCGGUCUCGCGUUCAAGGACGAGGACCCGGGCUUCUCCGUGUUCCCGCUGUCGCCCAUCGAGGUCAUCUGGAUCAUCAUGAUCACGUCCGGCCUGCCCGCCAUGGGUCUCGGCCUGCAGCCGGCCGAGGAGGACGUGAUGCGCCGCCCGCCGGACGACCUCAAGUGGGGCCUCUUCGCGCCCGAGGUCAUGGUCGACACGGUCGUGUACGGCUUCUGGAUGGCCGCGCUCGUGCUCGCCACCUUCACGCUCUCGCUCUUCGGCUUCGGCCCCUCGGAGCUCGGCAUGAACUGCAACCGCUCGCUGGCGCCCGGCGACGGCUGCGAGAACGUGUACCGCGCGCGUGGCGCCUGCUUCACCUUCCUCACCUGGGCCUCGGUGCUGCUGGCGUGGGAGGUGGUGAGCAUGCGCCGCUCCUUCUUCCGCAUGCGCAACACGCACCCCAUCUGGCAGCAGUGGGCCGUCGACGUGUACCGCAACAAGGCGCUCUUCUACUCGGUCGUCUUUGCGCUCGUCACCGUCUUCCCGAUCCUCUACAUUCCGGGCCUCAACCGCUACAUCUUCCUGCACCAGGGCAUCAGCUGGGAGUGGGCCAUCGUCAUCGUCUGCGUCGUGCUCUUUGUCAUGGGCAUCGAGGCGUGGAAGUGGGGCAAGCGCGUCUACUUCCGCCGCCACGAGGUCGACACGGUGCGCGCCGCCGACGAGGAGGCCGCGCUCGACAAGACGCCGGCGGCCACGCGCGCCAAGAACACGCCCAUGGGCUCGCGCAGCCAGACGCUCGAGGUCGCCAAUGGCAACGCCCGCAUGGGCCGCCCGAUGGAGGACGACCUGCCGCGGCGCCUGAGCGAGCGCCUCACGACUUUCGCCGAGAAGGCAUGAGGGCCGGCGGCGUGCUGCUGCCGUCCCGUUGCGAUACCCUGCUGCGCUGCAUCCGCCUCCUGCCUCUCUGUACAACCAUCUGCCUCCUGUUCCCCUGCAUCGUCGAAGAAUAGACUCAUCUC